UCCCGGCAAUCAGACAAAUCAUGCUGGCGAACAUCACACUAGGAGUCUUGCUGCUCAUCUGGAUUUCGGGAUGUUCUCUAGGGCAAUCCGUUUGCUCGGAUUGUUCCUCAACAAAGGAACAGUACGCAUGUAUCAAUGAAACCGCCUAUGGUUUUUGCUUCGGCCAGGAAACUGUAUACGAAAGUGCAGUUGAAAACUGCCAGGAUGGGUACUACUGCGUCCUAGAGGGAUUCUGUGCACUCAUGGAUUCAGCGGAACCGGCCUGUGUCCCAGAUAGUUCAACGACCACAACGGAUAUAGUGACAGAUUCGACAACCGAUUCGAGUACCAUGGAAACUACAGAUAUUACAACGAUCGAAACUACGGAAUCAACAGAGUCCUCGGAUUCCACUACUUCUGAAGUUACAACUGAUUUGAGUACUCAGGAAACCACAGGGUCAACUGGGACCACAGAGAUCUCAACAAUGGAAACUACAACUGAUUCGACUAGUACGGAAACCACAGAAACUACUACAAUGGAAACUACGGACUCAACUACUUCUGCAGUAACAACUGAUUCGACUACCCGGGAAACCACAGAAUUCUCUACCAAGGAAACAACAGAGUCUACAGUAACCGAAACACAGUCAACGCCAGUUACGACCACUGAAACUACAGUAACGGAGACCUCAACACCUCUGAUUACUACACCAGAUUCUAGUACAGAUUCCACUACGUCUAUUAUUACAACCGAUUUAACUACUCCUGCCAAUACAACAGAUUCAAGUUCUCUGUCCACAACUCUAGAACCAACUACUGCUCCAAUAACGACUACUAUAUCUUCGGAAGUAGACCCCAACGUCUACUGUGCUAAGCUAAGGAGCAAAGGAUACUAUCGAGUUGAUACAGAUACAACGUGCCAAAUGUAUGUCUACUGCUAUAAACUGAGCCAGGAUUACCUAGGUUGGCUAUAUUACUGCAGCACGAAUGAAUACUACAAUUCAGAAACACAGGCCUGUCAAGCCACUAGACCAAGCAAUUGCUAACUCAAGAAUUUUUAGUGAUUAUAUAUGUAUGUACUUUCUUCAACAUGUUUGCAUCAGCGAUAACACGCUCUUAUCCGUUGAAAAUAAAUUUAAUAUUAGGUCGAAAUAGGACCGGACACUUUA